AUGAAAAAUGAUUGCCCGAUAUGUUUGGAAGGCAUGUUUGACAGUCAACGCUCAUGUGUGCGCAUGGAGCAGUGCGGUCACUUUGUGCACGCGGACUGUCUCGAUCAGUAUUGCAAACUGAAUAGAUAUUUCGACGGGUCAUGUGUCUACUGUCGGUGUAAGCCUGACAGUCCUUCUACCAUUGGAGGUGUGCCGGGGCGAAACGGCCCCAACGAUGACCUGUCCGAUGACUACGACAUGUCGGACGAGGACGUGCCGGAGGCUGGAGACUUGUCGGACGACGACGAUGAUAUGUCGGACGACGACGAUGAUAUGUCGGACGACGACGAUGAUAUGUCGGACGACGUCGAUGAUAUGUCGGACGACGACGACGAUGUUGUAGAAGAAGAUGAGACCCUGCAGGAUGACCGUAUACCGGACAUGAUGGAUGGCAUGUCGAAUGGCAUGUCGGAUGGCAUGUCGGAUGACAUGUCGGAUGACAUGUCGGAUGGCAUGUCAGGUGGCAUCGAGGCCGAGUGGUCUGAUGGAAUGUCUGAUGGAAUGUCGAUGGUCGACCGAAUCACGCGGGAGGGAAUGACUGAGGAAACUGCCGCGCUGAUGCAAAUUAUGGAUGUGUCGGAGAUGCCGUUUUGCGGCGUGGGAUGGGAUGGGAUGGACCUUGAUAAGGUGGACCUCAGCGGUUCGGACCUCAGUGGUUCGGACGAGGGGAACGGCCAGGCAAGUGAUAGCGACGGCGAAGACGUCUUGCACCAGGUCGCCGGUUCGAGUCCGGCCGCCCGCGCUGGCGACGUGAGGCUGCCGCUGGACAGCCCAUCCGAGGUCCCGUAUGGCGGGCUCCUGGACUUGGGAAUGGACGAGCUUGCGCAGAGUGCUUGGCUUGACCAGGCGGAUGAUGAUUGUUUUUCAGCGAGCAAUUAUGACGAUGCCGGUUCCUACGACGACGGCUACAGCGACUAUAGUUAG